AAACUGUGGCGGCCCCAGCUCUAGACACAAGUAGACCGGGUCAGUGUUGUCCUUCAGGGAUUCCUCAGGUCCCUUCUCACGGAGUGGGAAACUCGAGUUACAACUGCCCUAUGCACCCAGAGCUCUUUAUUUGACCAACCACUCUGGCUUCCAUUACCUUUUCUGGUCUUAUUGGUGUAUUAUUCAAAAUGGAAUUGUUUCUUCUACUUUGAAUAACAAUAAUACCAUUCUACCGAGCGCCUACGAGAGGCAGUGGAUUUUUAAGAAUAUAGACCUCAGAGCCAGACUACCUGAGUUUGGAGCCCAGGUCUGCCACACACUAGUUGUGUGACCUUAGGAUCUAGUGCUGAUCCUCACAAAGUGAUUCUGGAAGAAGAGAGUAAAGGAAGUCCUCAGACAGAGCUGAUGCGAUGGAGCUUCCCAACUAUAGCCGGCAGCUGCUGCAGCAGCUCUACACGCUGUGCAAGGAGCAGCAGUUCUGUGACUGCACCAUUUCCAUUGGUACCAUUUACUUCAGGGCCCACAAACUUGUCCUGGCUGCUGCCAGCCUCCUGUUCAAAACCCUGCUGGACAACACAGACACCAUCUCCAUCGAUGCAUCUGUCGUGAGCCCUGAGGAGUUUGCCCUCUUGUUAGAAAUGAUGUACACUGGCAAACUACCUGUGGGCAAACACAACUUCUCCAAAAUCAUCUCCUUAGCCGACAGCCUACAGAUGUUUGAUGUGGCUGUUAGUUGUAAAAAUCUUCUAGCUAGCCUUGUAAACUGCUCUGUUCAGGGUCAGCUGGUGAGGGAUGUCUCCACACCAUCCUCAGAGUCAUCCAGGAAGGAGUUGGAGAAGCCUGAAGUAGAAAUCCUUUCCUCCGAGGGUGCUGGAGAGCUUCAUUCUUCCCCGGAUGUUUCCACCCCUCCAGGGGGCCCUGUGAAAGCCGAGGUGGGGGAAGUGAUCCAGACGGUUGUGCAAGAGAUGAGUGUGGAUCCUUCCGCUGCCCAGGGGAUUCAGGGGAAUGCAGACACCCCAGUGGAGACUCCUCUGACAGCUGAAGAUUUUUCCCCUUCUCCUGUUGUACAAACCUUUAGUGAGGCAAAGGAAGCAAGCCCAGAAUCAGAGUAUGAGGGGAAGCAUUACCAGCUGAAUUUUCUUCUAGAAAAUGAAAAAAUCUUCUCAGAUGCACUCUUGAUUACCCAGGAUGUUUUAAAAAGACUAGAAGAAUGUUCAGAAAUUAAAGGUGCACAGAAGGAGACCAUAAUGGGAUGUCUUGUGGGUGAAGAAGGACAGUCAGCAUUCCAGAGAAUCCUGGAUAAAGUAAGAAGUGAGAGCCUGGAUGUUCAGACUGUCGUGUCCCUGUUGAGGCUGUUCCAAGAUUCUAAUCCUGCGGUAAAGACAACACUGAUAGACAGACAGCCAGAGGCUGUAGAAGCAGUGCAGCCAAAAGCACUUUCUCCCCCAGGGAGCACAGAGGAGGGAAAGACCUUGUCUGUUCUGUUACUAGAACACAAAGAGGACCUGAUCCGGUGUGUAACACAGCUGAGACCUAUUUUGGAGUUCCUGGAAACGGGCGAGGAGGAAUUCCUGACUGGCUCUGAGAAAAGGGUGAUUCUGAAUUGCUGUGAGGGUGGAACACCCAAGGAGACAAUAGAAAAUUUGUUGCACAGAAUGACUGAAGAGAAGACCCUGAGCGCUGAGAGUUUGGUAAAACUCCUUCAGGCUGUGAAGAUGACAUUCCCAAACUUGGGCCUUCUGCUGGAGAAUUUGCAGAAAUUAGCUGCUUUGCCGAGCACCACAGUCCAAGCAAGCCCUGAUGAUUAUGGGAUUGAACUAUUGAGGCGGUAUCACGAAAACCUCUCAGAGAUUUUCACAGACAACCAGAUGUUACAAAAAAUGAUCCCACAUGUGAAGAGUUUAGCCCCUGGAGAAAGAGAGGUCAUGGAGAAGCUUGUGAAACGUGACUCUGGUUCAGGUGGUUUCAGUGCUCUGAUGUCAGCAGUUCUAGAAGAGCAGACUCUCUCUGCAGCAGCCAUUUGGCGACUGCUGCUUGUGGCUCAGGAGACAAAGGCCUGCCCAUUGAACCUGCUCACGGAGGAAAUACGAAGGGAGCCUGGUGCAGAUGCUUACUUCCGGGCAGUGAUGACCCCAGAAAGUGCUGCCUUCGAAACCAUCCUGAGGCAUCACAGGUUGAUCCUAGAGGCCAUCCAGCAAAGGGCUGAACUCAAGUGCUUGGCCUCAGAGGAAGAGCGCCUGGCAGAGACUGUGAAAGAGAUUCUGAGCAUUUCCUCUGAGACAGCCAGCCCUGAAGCUUCCCUGAGAGCAUUGCUGAGCAGAGCCAUGGAAAAAACCACCUCGGCCAUUGAAAUAUGUCAGCUCCUGUGCAGCAUCCACAGAUCUUUCCCAGGCCUGCAGCCUGUCAUGCAGGAGUUGGCGUAUGCUGGUUUCCUUACUGAGGAAAAGGGAGAGAAGGAAAGGUGGAUGGUGAGUAAUAAAUUUCACCUUGAAGCCAAGGACAAAGCAGAUGAAAAGGCGGCUGAGCCAGCUGAAGAAAACUGCCAGCCUGGGAAACAGAACGGUCAAGGAGAGACUGGUUCCUUGCCAGAACAACAAGAGAAAGAUACUUCUGCCUCCCCAGACUCUGCCAAGAAGAGCUUCGUCUGUAAGGCCUGCGACAAGAGCUUCCAUUUCUACUGCCGCCUUAAGGUGCACAUGAAGCGCUGUCGGGUGGCCAAGAGCAAACAGGUGCAGUGUAAGGAGUGUAACGAGACCAAGGACUCUAAGAAAGAGCUGGAGAAACAUCAGCUGGAGGCCCAUGGUACAGGUGGAGAGCCUGACGUCCCCAAGAAGAAGAAGAAGAGGCUUCCAGUGACGUGUGACCUCUGUGGAAGAGAAUUUGCUCACGCCUCAGGCAUGCAAUACCACAAACUGACGGAGCAUUUUGACGAGAAGCCGUUCUCCUGUGAGGAGUGUGGGGCAAAGUUUGCGGCCAAUUCUACCCUGAAGAACCACCUUCGCCUUCACACUGGGGACCGUCCAUUCAUGUGCAAGCACUGCCUCAUGACCUUCACCCAGGCCUCUGCCCUGGCCUACCACACCAAGAAGAAGCACUCAGAAGGAAAAAUGUAUGCGUGCCAGUACUGUGACGCUGUGUUUGCCCAGUCCAUUGAGCUGUCCCGCCACGUGAGGACCCACACCGGGGACAAGCCAUACGUCUGCAGAGAUUGUGGCAAGGGCUUCCGGCAAGCCAAUGGCCUCUCCAUCCACCUGCACACCUUUCACAACAUAGAAGAUCCAUAUGACUGCAAGAAGUGCAGGAUGAGCUUCCCCACUCUGCAGGAUCACCGAAAGCACAUCCACGAGGUGCACUCCAAGGAGUACCACCCCUGCCCCACGUGUGGGAAGAUCUUCAGCGCCCCUUCGAUGCUGGAGCGGCACAUGGUGACCCACGUCGGAGGGAAGCCCUUCAGCUGUGGGAUCUGCAACAAGGCCUACCAGCAAUUGUCUGGUUUGUGGUACCACAAUCGGACCCACCACCCUGACGUGUUUGCUGCUCAGAACCAUCGAUCUUCCAAGUUCUCGUCACUCCAGUGCAGCUCCUGUGACAAAACCUUUCCCAACACCAUUGAACACAAGAAGCACAUCAAAGCAGAGCACGCAGAUAUGAAGUUCCAUGAAUGUGGCCAGUGUAAGGAGCUCUUCCCCACGCCAGCUUUGCUGCAGGUUCACAUCAAGUGCCAGCAUUCAGGGUCACAGCCGUUCCGGUGUCUGUACUGUGCAGCCACUUUCCGCUUUCCCGGGGCGCUGCAGCACCACGUCACCACUGAGCACUUCAAGCAGUCGGAGAGCACCUUCCCCUGUGAGCUCUGCGGGGAGCUCUUCACCUCCCAGGCCCAGCUGGACUGUCACUUGGAGUCUGAACACCCAAAGGUGACGGGCACUGAAAGCCAAGUGGCCGCCUCACAGAUGGUGCAGGUGAUCCAAACCCCAGAGCCGGUGGCCCAGACGGAGCAGGUGAUCACUUUGGAGGAGACCCAGCUUGCUGGUUCACAGGUGUUUGUGACGUUGCCAGAUUCGCAGACAUCCCAGACCAGCUCUGAGCUUGUGGCAGUGACUGUGGAGGACUUGCUAGACGGUACCGUGACCCUAAUCUGUGGGGAGGCCAAGUGAGUGGCUGCUCAUCGUGGAGGGUCCUACGUUUGCAAUAGAGAGAAUGCUCCACACUUGCCUUUUGCCCUUCCUCCCUCGAUGUCCUGAGUAUUGAGCAUCUUAGCUUAGCACCAACCUAAGUGGUCUCACUUGGGAAACGGACAGAAGCAUCAUGGUUCUCAUAAAACCAAGUCUGAGUCAUCAACACCAACGCGACCGCCCUCCGUAGCAGGCAGGCCUGUUCCUCACAGGCCUGCUGCUGUGGCCUCUCUGACACUGUCCAUCCCCAAGUGGAGUAUAGCUUCUGAAAUAGAGCCUGAAAGAGCAGUGGGAUAGGAGCUGGUGACCAGAGUAACCAGAGCGGUGUGAUGUGCUGGCAGCCCUCAGCAUGCAGAGCAGCAGUUCAGUGCAGGACAGUGGCCCACAGAGUGGGGUUGCAGGUGCUGCCAGUGCCUUCUGGCCAUUUAAACAUGAGAGAAAAUAGGGGGCUUCCCUGGUGGCGCAGUGGUUGAGAGUCCGCCUGCCGAUGCAGGGGACACGGGUUCGUGCCCCGGUCCGGGAAGAUCCCACAUGCCGCGGAGCGGCUGGGCCCGUGAGCCAUGGCCGCUGAGCCUGUGCAUCCGGAGCCUGUGCCCCGCAACGGGAGAGGCCACAACAGUGAGAGGCCCACAUACCGCAAAAAAAAAAAAAAAAAAAAAGAGAAAGAAAA